CUCUUUGCUCUCGCGCCUCUUUUUAAACUCCAGCUUCCUAUACUAGUGCACUAUUUUCCAACCUUUGGUACUUUCUGUGAAACUCAUAUUCAAGCUCACAACCUAUUUUUAAAACCAUGGUGUUUGGAAGGCAAAAGUCGGCCAUACUUCACAGAGGCUUCUUUGGUCACAGAUCGUCUUCUGACGUUUCGGACGCCACUGUUGCCGCCAGCCAACACGGCACCCGCCCGGUCUCUCGGGUAUUCUCGGCAGCACCAGCCAUUGCCGAGGACGGGUGCGAAGUCGUGCCCCAGUUCUUCCCUGGGUACCACGUCAACAACCCGUCGACGGUGCAGCGCUCGCGGACCACCCUGGCCAGCAGCACGCACUAUCCGGGCAGACACAACUCGCAGCGGCGAGUAGGCUGCAUCAAGCUGGCUACGCCGUCCAGCGACACCGCCACGACCAACACUGCGGCCGACCAGACACUGGUAGACCCGCGGCGUUUCUCGGGCGCCUCGUUUACAUCCACGUCCACAACGUCAACGCUCAAUGCACUCCCGCAGCAGCCACACAUGAACGGUCCUGUCUGUGUGUCGCCGCCAGCACGCUCCCACCCAACGACAGUCUCGCCAGCUGCUGUCGCCGAGUCUGAUGCGCCUGGCACGUACUCGUACCGUCGCCGCGGCAGCUCGCUGAGCAUUCACAAGGCUCCGACCAUCUCUGGGUCGGCAGCUACAUCUCCGGUACCACAUCAGCAGCAAUACUGCCAGCCGCACCCUCAGCAGUCAGCCAUCAGUCAGCCAACUGCGCAACACUACCGCCGCUCAGCAACCGGUCUGCAGGCGCUUCCCAGAUACAAUUCGUCAGAGUACCAACUCCAGCGCAACAACACGACCAAGACAGUGUCGCGCAACGACCUCGUUCCUGAGCCUGCUGCUGCUGUCGCUGCCAGCGUUGUUGCUCCUAACAGUUCGUACAGCGGGUACCGCCGUUUGAAUUCGUCGCGGUCAGCCAACUUCCAUGGAACUACACGCCGUAACGGCACCUACCGCUCGACGACCUCGCCUUCACUGACGGCCACCUAUGGUCCCUCCGCGUGCUAUGGUGCACUUCCCAAGCACUCGCCUACCACGCGCUCCCCACUGGCGCACGAGCAGCACCAUGAGGACUACUACUACUACGAGGACGGUGUCUACAUCCGCGGCGGGCGGCCUCGUGACGAAGGGAUUGACGUUACUACGGCUGACGUCAAGGCCCGCACUGGCAAGACUGGCAUGACUGGUGGCUGUCUGCAUAGCUCUUACCAGGACUGUGCGCAAUCACCGGCGAACAUCUCUCCGCUGAUCCUGUCCAGCCCGCCGUGUGUUCCGCCCAAGGCACUGUACAGCACAGCCGAUCCGCAGACGCGCGUGCCAGUGCUGCCCACCCCACCGUCUGACGGCUGUAACUAUGUUCUUACACCUGUCAGCGACGAUUCAGCGCUCCUGUGCGGACCCGUUGGCUAUGUUGAGGAUGAGGAAGACAUUGCCAACAAGCUGGUCCCCAGGAUUGACUCAUGCGGCCCGCAGCUUGCAUAUCUGCCGCCGCGCUCGUCAAACCUGGCUGUCAUCAACUAGAAAGAACCCCGUCUAGCUUGCCAUUCAUGAGCUGGGAGUGCAUGGGUGUAAAUAUUCCCCAAACCAGCACUCCCACAUAUCUACUGUAAACAUUUCUACCCUUCCCUAUCCCUCUUAUCCGCACCUUCGUUAACUAACCAUCGGUUUGUGAACGGGCUGUACCUUUUAAAAAGUAAUGGUUAUUUAAAUUACUCUCAU